AUGAAGGAGAGCCUGAGCGAGAAGCCUGUCAUCGCCCAUGGACCACUGGUUCGGGGCGAGCCCAGCGCAUUCGAGUUCUCGGCUGAGCAGUUGAGCGGGCUCAUCGAAUCACGAAGCUUGGAUACCUUCUACACCUUUGGUGGCCUCCGCGGAUUAGAAAGGGGUCUGCGAACCGAUCGAAAUACCGGAUUAAGCGUGGACGAGUCGAGCGUCAGGAACCAUGAACCAUCCGCCACAGCCUCGUCCGUCGACAAACCUUCCCACCAACCCCAUCAUCGCCAUCUUCACCUCCACCAUCACCAUGGCACCGAGCAAUUCGCAGACCGACGCGCUGUCUUUGGCAACAACCGCCUCCCCGUCCCCAAGUCACCCACGGUCCUGCAGUUGAUAUGGGCGGCAUACAAUGACCACGUCCUCUUCCUCCUGACAGGAGCGGCAAUCAUUUCGCUGGCCCUAGGCCUAUAUCAAACAUUCGGAACCAAGCAUUCGAGCUCAAACCCGCCAGUCGAAUGGGUAGAAGGGGUAGCCAUCAUCGUUGCCAUCAUCGUUAUCGUCCUGGUCGGCGCAGGCAAUGAUUUUCAGAAAGAGCUACAAUUCCAAAAGUUAAACAAGAAGAAACAAGAUCGCCUUGUAAGGGUGAUCCGCUCCGGUCGGCCGCAGGAGGUACCUAUCAACGAUCUGGUGGUCGGGGAUGUCGUACACAUGGAGCCAGGAGAUGUCAUACCGGCCGAUGGGAUCCUGAUUCGCGGCCACCACAUUCGAUGCGAUGAAUCAGCUGCGACCGGUGAGUCAGACUUGCUGCUGAAGCAGUCCGGUGAUGAGGUCGCAGAUGCGAUCGCGGAUUGCCGUGAUACUAAAUACCUUGACCCGUUCGUGAUCUCGGGGUCCAAGGUCGCAGAAGGCCUGGGCUCGUUCCUGGUAAUAGCAACCGGCAAUCAUUCGAGUUAUGGCAAGAUCCUCCUGAGUCUCGAAGAAGACCCUGGCUUCACACCACUGCAGUCGCGACUCAAUGUAUUAGCGAAAUACAUCGCCAAAUUUGGCGGCAUUGCCGGUCUGGUGUUGUUCGUCAUCCUGUUCAUCAAGUUCUUGGUUGGUCUGCGCCAUUCGACAUCGUCCGCGACCGAAAAAGGCCAAGACUUCUUGGAAGUUUUCAUCAUUGCUCUGACAGUAGUUGUCAUUGCUGUGCCUGAAGGACUUCCAUUAACCGUGACGCUUUCUCUUGCCUUUGCAACUACGAGGAUGCUGAAGGACAACAAUUUAGUGCGACAGUUGCGCGCCUGUGAGAUCAUGGGCAAUGCUACCGACAUUUGCUCGGACAAGACUGGGACCCUGACCCAAAAUAAGAUGACCGUGGUCGCAGGUAUCAUUGGCACGGAAGAGUUCUCGGACCUGGAACCACAGACGGACGCUCCUUCGCGUGAUAUUCCGACUACUGCUGUCUUGAAACCUCGCCUGCACAAUUAUGUGAAAUCAUUAAUUGUUAAUGCGGUUGCUUACAACACCACGGCGUUCGAGUCGAUAGCGGAUGGAAAUGUCACCUUUGUUGGAUCCAAGACCGAAGCUGCUUUGCUGUAUUUCGCCCGAGACAACAUGGGCUUGGGCCCAUUGGAACUGACACGAUCUGGUUAUGAGGUUGUGGAACUUAUACCCUUUGAUGCUACGCGCAAGUGCAUGAUCACUGUGGUAUGCUUGGAUGAUGUUAAUGGGUAUAAGCUGUAUAGGGCGUAUAUAAAAGGAGCGCCCGAGGUAUUGAUGGGGUUCUGUGGCAGGACGCUGGAGGAACCGACAAAAGGCGAUUCCGUUACCGCAUUGACUGCAAGUACCAAGGAAGCUAUACGCCAGAAGGUAGAAGCCUACUCAAAGUGGUCGCUAAGGGCAAUCGCGUUAUGCUACCGAGAUUUCGAGGUGUGGCCCCCGAACCGAGCUGGAGAGAUUCAGUCCGACACACUCGAUCUCGAAGAUAUACUGAACAACCUGACUUUGAUUGGAAUUGCCGGUAUCCGUGAUCCUUUGCGGGAGGGGGCUCAUGACGCCGUGGAGGCUUGCCGUCGGGCGGGAGUGACGGUACGUAUGGUCACUGGAGAUAAUCUGUUAACAGCGCAAUCUAUCGCCGAGGAAUGCGCGAUUGUUACCAACAACGAAGACAUUGUUAUGGAAGGAGAGGAAUUCAGGCGCCUGACAGAGGAGGAGCAACUAGAGAUUGCACCCCGUCUUAAAGUUCUGGCGCGGUCUCAACCAGAGGAUAAACGUACGCUUGUGCGACGGCUGAAACAAAUCGGGGCAACAGUUGCUGUUACUGGAGAUGGAACCAAUGACGCUCCUGCACUCAAAGCAGCUGACGUUGGAUUUUCCAUGGGCAUCUCGGGGACAGAGAUUGCUCGCGAGGCUUCCGCGAUUGUGUUAAUGGAUGACAACUUUAGCUCGAUUGUGAAGGCGAUCAUGUGGGGUAGGGCAGUCAGCGAUGCGGUUCAAAAGUUCUUGCAGUUCCAAAUUACUAUCACCUUUACCUCUGUCGGGCUGGCCUUCGUAACAUCCGUGGCCAGCUCCAGCGAAACAUCAGUGCUGACAGCAGUGCAACUGAUGUGGGUAAAUCUAAUCCAAGACACACUGGCAGCACUCGCGCUCGCCACCGAUCCGCCGUCCCCAAGAGUGUUGGACCGAACGCCCGACAAGAGAACAACUCCCUUGAUAACAGUGCCAAUGUGGAAGAUGAUAAUCGGGCAGUCGAUAUACCAGCUCGCUGUGACAUUAGUGCUCCACUUUGCCGGCAACAGCAUAUUCUCAUACACCACCACUCACGAACACUCCCAGCUACAAACAGCCGUAUUCAACACAUACGUUUGGAUGCAAAUAUUCAAUCUAUACAACACCCGCGCACUCGGCAACAACAUCAACGUCUUCGAAGGCAUCCACCGUAACUGGCUCUUCGUCGGUGUCAACGUUAUCAUGAUCGGCGGACAAACGAUCAUCAUGUUCGUGGGCGGGCGCGCAUUCUCCAUCACUCGCCUCAGCGGCGUGCAAUGGGCCUACUCUGUUGUUUUGGGUGUCUUAUCUCUUCUUGUCGGGGUAAUAGUGCGUUUCAUCCCGGAUAGCCUCGUCGAGCGAUUGUUUGCGGGCAUGGGAUUUAUUAUGGGUCCCUUGUGGCGGUUAUUGAGGGUGAAGAUUGAGUAA